AUGCGAAUUUCGUUCGUGGCCGAUGACGAGCCAGAAGUCAAUGGAGGCUUCCGUUACCGCGAGGUGACGGAGAAUAUGGAGUCCGUCAUCGACAGCCUGGUUUCAACUUGUGACUCCAUCCUCCCGCAGCUGCAAGGAGAGGUCCUGACGCGCAGCUACAGGUUCACCGAAGAGGUGGAUGAGUUUCGGGUGAGUACGGCCUUCACGGAUCGAUGGGUUUGCUUCCGUGCCACGGGCCUUUGUCCUGAGGAUGAAUUCCCAGAGAAAGACGAAGACGAAGCCGACGAUGCGGAGGAGGAACUCUGA